AUGAGGCGCAACCGCAACAUAUCCUUUCGGAAUAUCGUCAACAAGCAAAGAGUCGCAGAAACAGUCGCCCAAAGGUACAGGAUUGCUGGCUCUGCCAUCCUUGACACCGACGAGAUGCGAGACUGCGUCAUCUGCAGCGACCCUUUCGACACAUCAGGGGAUGACUUUGUUCCUGAGCAUUUUGCCGUCAUUCAACUUCCUUGCUGUGCCAAGUUUAUCCACACACAAUGCUUCAAAGGAGUUACUACUGGAAAGAAGCAGGCUUGCUCGUUCUGCAACGCCGAUCUCGAAACAAUAGGUAUGAACCUAGGUGACGGGACUGAGUUUUUGUCAUUUUCAUUACGUCCCGCGGAGCUCCCACCGGGAUUACACCGUUUCUCAACCGACAUAGAGAAUGCCAUUGCAAGAUUCGUUGAUCCAAGAGGCAUCGCUCUGCUGAAGGAGUUGAACAAGGUUAUCGAAGAUGAGGAAGAUAUUCCCAGGGGUGCUCUUGGUGCGGUGUACAAGGACUGGCCUAUGAACGCGAAUUAA